UGGAAAAUUCAAAACAUUUUCAAGAAUGCAAAGUAUUUUCAAGUCCAUUAAUUUUCAAUGUUUUUAACAAAUGAAUUUGAUAUUGAGUUUUCUUGGAUUUCUACAUGGGUUCUAAUUGUUCUGGCUUGAAAGCUGGCGGCGAGUCGUACAGUUUGGCUGGCGAUAAGCAUAACAAAGUUCAUCAUGAACCCCAGCAUGGACACACAAACACUCCUAGAACAGCUGUUGAUAUAACAGAUGCAGGAGGUAAUCAUGCUAAUAUGCAAACUGAUAGUAAUUUAGAUGCAGAGGAGUUGAGUUCAUCUAGAGAUGUAAAUCUGCAAGUUUCCCAGGACGAGAAGCCUCAAGCCCAACACGAAUCAGGAGUUGGAACGACAACGAUGGACGGGACAAUGGUCUCUACUCCAUCGACUAAUGCUCAAAAUGUUGUAACGUCUUGCAAUGGCCAUGCUAAGAUAUCUGAUGCUGACUUUUCGAAACUCUCUAACAUAAAAGAAGACGAAGCUAAUGAUAUCGUGAAUGAAUGUUGGGUAAACAUCGAGAGAACCUGUGACGUUAGUGCGGAAGCGAACAAAAACGUAUUAAUUCAUGCUACAGGAUGGAGGGUUGUGAGGUUGUUUGUGUCAUCUACGUUUGCUGAUUAUCAUGCAGAAAGAGAAUUGUUAGUGAAAAAGGUUUUCCCAGAAUUGCGUGAAUGGUGCGAAAGUCGUCAUAUUCAGUUGAUAGAAUGUGAUUUACGGUGGGGUGUUCCUAAAGACUCUACCACAGAGAUGACAAUCAAGACUUGUUUGGGAGAAAUCGAUAGGUGUAAAGAAGAAUCUAAUGGGACUCCUUUCUUUCUUAAUAUGUUGGGUGAAAGGUAUGGUUGGAUGCCAGGUCCAAAGAAUAUUCCCCAGGACAUACAGCAACAGUAUGAUUGGGUUUUUCCUGCCUCCAUUACUCACAUGGAAAUCCUUCAUGCAGCUUACAGAACCAAAAAUCCAAAUGCUGCAUUUUUUAUCAGGGACCCUAGUUUUCUGGAUAAGAUUCCAUCAGACAUGCAGCCAUCAUUUGUUGAUGGUUUUCCUUUGAGUAAAGUAUCACUCAAGAUGUUAAAGAAGAAGCUAAAAGAAAGGUUUCCCAGCCAAACAUUUGAAUACUCUUGUGAAUAUGAUGGAAUUGAUGAUUCUACAGGAAGACAGAAGGUGAAAUUGAAAGGGCUCGAGGAGUUUGGACAGAAGGUUUUGGAGCAAUUUAAAUCAUUUAUUGAAAGAACAUUCCCAUCGUCACAGCAGGAACUCAGCCCAGAAGAACUAGACCUCCUCACCCAGGACAACUUCAUCAGGUCUAAAGGUUCUUUGCUGCUGGGAAGAAGCAAUGAAAUUGAGAGUAUUGUUGAGUAUGCAACUAAUGGUUGUCUUCCUGGACAGUCAAGGGAGAGUUCAAACGACACCUGUCCAAUACUACUUGUCCAAGGAGUUCCUGGAUCUGGCAAAUCAUCUCUCAUGGCCUACUGUACUUUGGAAGCCAAAAAGCUUGACUGUCUGUUAUUCUAUCAUUUUGUUGGUUCUGGACCAGGAACUACUGAUCCCAUCAUACUAACAAAUAGACUGUACAAAUGGCUCAAGCAAAUCACUAACACAGAAACUGAAGAUGAAGAAAAGGAUAAGGACAUCUCUUAUGAACUCAUUAAAGAGAAAAUUGACAAAGUUAAUGAAGAAGUCAAAAAACUGGACAAGAAAAUCGUAAUCAUCCUUGAUGCUCUAAACCAGCUGUCUGAUGCUGACAAAUCUACCCAUCACCUCUACUGGUUGCCAAAUGCCUUCCCUUCAAAUGUCUGUUGUAUAGCAAGUGUUGUAGAAGGAAGUCGGUCUGCCAAUAUUCUGCUUCAUGAAGAUAGAAAUCCAAGGCCACUAGAGCUGCAUGUUGGUGCUUUAGAUAACUCUGCCAGGAAAGAAAUUGUUCAGCACAUCCUUGGUGCAUAUAACAAGAAACUGGAUGAUCAACAGAUGGAUCUCCUGAUCAGCCUAGAUGGUGCUACCAACCCAUUAUGGUUGUCCCUAUCCUGUGAAGAGUUGAGAGUGUUUGGUGUUUUUGAGAGGGUAACAGAUCACAUUAAGAGCUUUCCAGACUCUUUACAGGGAUUGCUGAAAUUCAUCUUGAAAAGACUUGUUUCUGAAGAUGAAUUCCAAAAUGUGGAAAAGGUCCUCCGUGUCUUGGAGUGCAUGAGUAUGACAGAGACAGAACUAAGAUGGAUAAUAAAGGAUGGUGAGUCUGAUGAACCCCUUCCCAUGAUGCAAUGGGCUGUGGUGAGACGAACACUCAAGCCUUUCCUAAGGAACACGGGUCAGCAAGGACAAGAGGAAAGGCUGGAUUUCUUUCAUGCAUCAAUCAGUCAAGUUGUGAAGGACACACUCAUGACAGAUCAGCAAGAGAAUGUUAAGUGGUACUUGCGAAUAUCAGAUUAUUUCCAGUACGUCUGCAAAGACAAUAACAGAGCAACUGAGGCUGUUGCAGUUCAACUUAAAAAUGCUGGUGCAAAAAAGAGGCUUCUUGAUUACUUGAGAAAUGACUAUCGUCCUCGCAGGAUGCAAAAUGUCUGGAAAAACAAGUUUUACAAGUUUCUUCAGUGUGGUCAAAUAAUCCCCAAAAUACAAAACCUGAGAGAGGAAGUCUCCCUGUGUCAGAUGUGUGGGAUGCAAAACCAAGGGCUUGGUCAACUUGCAGGACUCAACAAGAAUGUUUGUGUCAUCUGUGGUCAGCACAUCCCAUCAUUUUGGCAGGAACCACAACAUAUUGCAUUAUUGUGUCAGCGUCACAAGCCGAUGCACGCCCCUGGAAGGAAGAUAUGUUUUCUGUGCAAUAGACCAGCAUUCCAAAAUGCUACAACAGGUUACACAUGUAUGGUUUGUGGUGUGGGCUUUCAAAAAUGUGUCAAGAUGGUCACCUAGGGAUGCAAUAAACUACUUUCACUUACAAAAACAUCGCCAACUGUCACCAUCAAGGGGUUCUAUCUGGAGCUCAUAAGAUAAUAAAAGUAAUAUUGCACUUACGAGAACAUCACUGACUGUCACCUUCAAAAGGUUCUAUCUGGAGCCCAUAGGAUAAUUAAAAAAUAUCGAUCAUUCAAGUGACUAAGAUCAAAUUUUGAACUUCACAUGAGCUCAAUCAUGAUAUAAAAUAGGCUGCCUUAUUAUCUAUUGUUUUCAAUGCAUACAACUGACAUGUGAAGUUCAACAUUUGACUUCUUGUCUAAAUCUCUAAAUUCUUUGUGAUGGAGUUCAUACCAUAAGAAGUUAACUAACAAAAUUGUACAAAUUAGUGCAAAUUUUGUAGGUCUACAGUGUACUGAGGUGCGCUGAACUUACUAUUUCUUAUGAAGUUUUUCAGACUGAGACCAGAUAUUGCAAAAAGCCAAGACUUAUGCAUAAAAUAAAUCACAUACAUUCAAAAUGUUAUUAAUUUGGCACCAUAUAAAAUAUACAAAAAAAAUGUAAGGAACAAUAAAUAAGAAUAUAGGUGUCAAAAACUUGGAAAGGCACUUCUGUACAUCAAGUAAUUAUUUUACACAUUUUAAAUUGCAUAUUUCUGAUAAAUCAUAACAACAAAAUGAUGUUGAUGCACAUAUUAAUGAUAAAGUAAAUUAAUGUUUUUAUAUUAUGACUAUAACAGAAGGCACAAAGAUAUAUCUCUUGCCUUAAAUGAAGAACAUUUCUAAGUGAAAGAUUUUUAAAAAAAUGAAAGGUAGUUAAGUUUAUCAGAUGAUUUCAGUCUGUCUUUUCAAACUUAUUCAUACAUAACAAAAAAUGUAGGUGAGCACAAUGAUGUGAUCUACAACACAUUGGGCAUUACAACAUCCUAGUUGAGUUGCUCCAACAGAAAGAGUUGGACUUGAUUUCUUUUGGAAUCUUCACUGUUACAGCAUGGCACUUUUGCCUUCAAACUAACUCAGACUGUUGGAAAUCUGUAAAGCAAUAUCUAUUCCAUGUCCCUUGAAAUACGAAUACCUAAACUUUUUGCAGGUGCCACAGGAUUAAGGCUGCCACUAAAUCAGUCAUUAUCACUAAUACUCCAUAGUUUAGUUAAUUAAGCAUUACCUGCUGUAAUGCAUAACUUUCAUUUCAUCCCCACCCUCCAUCCCAUCCAUCCAUCCCAAUACCAUUAGAAUAUUUAGGUAUCAUAACAUGGCAAAUUAUGUGGGAUGACAGCUAGAAAUUCUUUAUUUUGAAUAGAGUUUCACACGCGGUUAUUCAUAUUAUACAAUGUUAUUAUUUUAUUAUGGUCAAGUCUAGGAUACUCUUUUAUCUAGUUUGCUGGUCUGUGGUAACAUGUGAAUCUGGCUAAGUGCCAGAUCUUACUUUCUGUCAUACCACAAGGUUAAUAUUUAUAACACGACCAUAGACUGCUGUCAACCGACCAGCCAUACAUGAUUGACAAGCAAUUGGUAGGUUAGUAAUUUAUGGCACGGCUUGUAACAUCAUUAAGUUGUGAAUGCAUUUCCAGUGACAUUCAAUUGACCAUUUUCAUUAGGAAUAUCUAUGUCUUCAAACAGCCUAUUUCCUUUGUUGAAACUGUACAAGCCAUCUAGCCCUUCUUUUGAACCAUAAUAAAUGGAUUUUACAACAUG